CUCCAUGUAUGCUCCAGAGGUAAACAGUCUGUAUUUUGGUUAAUUCUGAACACGUUCAUCAAUCAAUGAGUAGUUAUGAAUAGCGGGGAAAAUCGUGCCUCUGCUCUGAGGUCAAAAUGUGAUUUGAAGGUGACGAUGGCAGUGCAGCUUGCCAAGUUGUGCUGUUGUCUUUACACUCAGGAGAAAGAGUAUCUCCUGAGUAUCAAAUGACAGCUGCCCUAUUCCUUUGAGGAGUAAGGAUUUUUCAGUUUUUUUGUUUUCUAUUUUGCUCAAACAUUCUACAGCUCUGAUAGAACUCUGUGUAAAAAAUCCCACAGAGUGGUUGACGUAUAUAACCUGGUAUGGUAUGGUUCUCAAGUAGAUGAAAUUGGGCGCAAAUGCACAAGUGUCUGUGUAAGAUCCAGGCACAUCAUAGUGAGAACUGAACAUUUUUAUUAAAUUCUAGUCACAUAAUGCAACACAAAAUAUUCAGAGACCACUUCUCAAUAUUUUUCCAAUUUUACAAUCAGUGGUUUUGUGUCUGAGAAAAAUGAACAUUGUUGUUUUUUAUAUAAACUACUGACAUUUCCUCCAAAUUCUGAAUGAAAAUAUUGUAAUUUAGAGCAUUUAUUUGCAGACAAUAUGAAAUCGUCAUUUAAACGGAUUACUCUGCACUCAAUCAAAAGGUACCAAACAUGAAACUGUGAAAGAAAAGAAAUGUCUACACACUUAAAGCCUCUUGUUCAAUAUCAUGUUGCAAAGUAGCCUACGUCAGCGAGAACUUUACACCGUCACGGCGUGGGUGGUGCUAUACACAGCACAAGUCGUCCACGAACUUGCACGAAACGAUGAGCUCGCACCAGUCUACUUAGCGCAUCAUAUGUGAGAUGUGGUGGGAAUGGUGGGGGUGUUAAAGUGGCAUCGCAAACUUUUUUUGGGUUGUGGGACAAUGCGUCUAAACCAGGGAUGGGCAACUAGAGCCCGGUGGCAACAUGUGGCCCGCCUCCUCAAUCAUUGCGGCCCGUAGGCCUACAUAAAACACAAUUUAAAAAAUAAUGAUCAGAUUUUUUUUAAACCACUAGUGAAUCUGUUCGUUAUAAUUAUACUGUUAGCUAAUAGAAAACACUCCUAUUUCUUCCAAACAAUAAGAAUAAGGGCUGUCAGUGACCAUCCAACUGGACCUUGCACUCAUGUAGUCACAUGUAGACGUUAGUCACAUGUAGACGUUGCGCAAAGUCAAAUGCACCUAUUGAGACUUAACUGAUAGGGUUGUUGAAUGAUCCACUCGUUUGUGCUCUGAGGAAGAUCUCUGACCCGAAAUGCCGACCUGAUAUGCCCCUCCUCACUCAAACAACACUUUACUCCUUGACAUGUGAUCUGACAUGUGACUCCUCCACAAACCUAACUUUCCGUAAAUGUGAUCAAAUGGUCGGAUAUGUUCGACACAGAAUGGUUUAGUUAGCCUGAUUAUCAUCGACUUUCAAAUAUUUUGCAGACUUGGUCUGACCUAGAGCAUAGGACUAACAAUUAACAUUUCUCAAACAGCAUGGUUAACCCACCCCCCUUGGUUUGCUACUGAUCGAGGUCAGAAAAGACUGUGCCCAAGUUUAAAGCAAAUAUUUUCUUAGUCCCAAUAGAAUGUCUCUGCUUAAACCACAUCACUGCUUUGAACACACCUCUACCACAUGCUUAGAGCUGCUCAAAGUUGAUUGCUUCCUGACUAAGUGGUUGGAGUUCCCGAGUUCUCAGGAGCUUGGAAAGUGCAUUGCUCUUGACCUGACUAGUAGGCUAGCAACGCAGAAGGUGUUGCGUCACUAGGAGGGAUAUGGUUUAUUGCCUCAUUUCAGGAUUAAUAUUAUAAAAAUAUGGCAUUAUGGUUUUACUUCGAUCAGUAAUGUCAACUACAAGCACAAUGAUCUCUUGAGCUGGGCUAUAGGAUUCUAUAAAAGACAACAAAAUGAAAAAGAAACAUUAGUGAGGGUAUACUUAAUGACAUAAAAGGGAACUUCAAAUGGUAACUUAAUCUUUUGUAGAGCUAUCAUGUUAAAGACUUGAAAUCAGUUACAUAAUAAUUUGCCAUGUGUUUCCUGUGCACACUCUUGUGGUCAGAGGCAUGCAGCUCCUGGGAUUUGCUUGUUCCCACACAGCAUAGCUAAUCUGAUCAGGGUGUUUUCCUGAAGAAUUUCCUCUUUGUUGCUCUAAGUAUCAGUUUACAACCUGCCAAUGCACGUCUAACUUAACAGCACAGCAGCACCGCACACACAAUAGCUGCUCCCUCUGGCAAAGGUUCAGCAAGUGGUUGCACAACUGACAGCUAGGGGCGGGGCCUGCUGCAGGAGCCCCAAGUUCAUGAGGAAUGUUAUAGUUUUCAUCCUGCUCAGUUCAGCCGGAAUUCUGAAGUCUCUCCACUUCUUCAUAAGAACUCUCCCAAGACCUGCACAACUUCCAGUUAGAGCGGACGUGUGUAGGAUAUACAUGAAGAUGCAUCUCUUCACCACGACGGCGUUGCUGCUGUCUGCUUUUCUGUCCUUGAGCUCAGGGGGCAAAGUGCUGGUCUUCCCCCUCGACGGCAGCCACUGGGUGAACAUGAAGGUCAUCAUUGAGGAGCUGCACUCCCGAGGACAUGACAUCACCGUAGUGAGACCUUCAGACAGCUGGUACAUCAAAGAGGACUCUCCUUACUACACUGCCCUAACUCUUCCUGCCGCUGGAGGAUUUGAUGAGGAGUUUUUUGUCUCUCUUGUCAGCAACCUGAUCAAGAUCCGGAGAGAACAGAAGUUCUUCUUGAGUCGUGUGAUGUUCGAAUUGGAAUUGAUGGAUAAAUUUUCAAAGUUGCAUGAGCAAGUGGUUGUGAUGUUGACAACACUGUUUGAAGACGAGGCUCUCAUGAAAUCUCUGAUGGAUGCCAAGUUUGAUGUUGUUUUGACUGAUCCAGGUAUUGGAGGAGGAGUCUUCAUAGCUCGACGUCUUAAUCUGCCAAUGGUGUUUAAUGUCAGGUGGACAGUACAUGGAGAGGGCCACUAUGCCAUUGCUCCCUCCCCUCUCUCCUACGUCCCAUACCCAGGUGCUGAGCUAACAGACAAGAUGUCCUUCUUUCAGAGAGUUCAAAAUGUUCUUGUAUACAUGGUCAGCUUAUAUCAGAUUUCCAGCAUUGUUGCACCCUACUAUUCACCAUUUGCAAAACGCUACUUUGGUCCUGAUGUCGACUACUUCUCCCUGUUCCAGGAUGCCGACAUCUGGCUCAUGAGGAAUGACUUCACCUUCGAGUUCCCACGCCCGACUAUGCCCAAUGUGGUGUACAUGAGUGGGUUUCAGUGCAAACCUGCUAAGGCACUUCCUGUUGACCUGGAAGAGUUUGUCCAAAGUUCAGGGGAACAUGGAGUCAUCAUCAUGUCCUUGGGAACUCUGGUUGCAGAUCUUCCGAGUGACAUUACCGAGGAGAUAGCUGCUGCUUUUGCACAGCUUCCCCAAAAGGUCAUUUGGAGACACCAAGGGCCCAAACCAUCCACUCUUGGCAAUAAUACCUUACUGGUGGACUGGAUGCCCCAAAAUGACCUGCUGGGCCACCCAAAGAUCAAAGUGUUUGUAGCUCAUGGAGGCACCAAUGGUGUCCAGGAGGCCAUCUACCACGGUAUUCCAAUAGUUGGCUUGCCUUUGGUUUUUGAUCAACCUGACAAUCUAUCCAAGAUGGUAGCGAAAGGAACAGCAAAGGUGGUGGACAUUGCUACCAUGGACAGAGCAGUGUUUGCAGAGGCGCUAAGGGAGGUGCUGCAUGAACCAUCCUACAGGGAGAACAUGCAGCAGCUCUCCAGGAUCCACCAUGACCAGCCCAUGAAGCCUCUGGACCGUGCCAUCUUCUGGAUCGAGUUUGUGAUGAGGAACGGAGGCGCUCCUCACCUUCGCACACAGUCCUUCAGGAUGUCCUGGAUUGUUUACAAUUCUGUAGACGUAAUACUGACACUGAUGACUGCUUUGCUCCUCUUCCUACUGCUUGUCUUCAUGAUCAUCAAAAAAUGCCUCUCAGUCUUAGUUAAGAAGAAAGUGAAAUCCGAAUAACAUGUUCACAUUCUGUUAAGGUCAAAGAACUAUUUCAUACAAUAUAUGAUUGUGGUCAGAGCAGGCAUUGCAACUAUGCUGCCCAUUCCCAAAUAUGAUAUUUUCAUUAAUAUUUAUUUACUAGUAAAUAAAUAAUAUAUUUUUUUACUGGUUUGACCAAAGUUAAAAACAGUUUUGGGAGUUAAAGAUGUAUAUUACUGGAAAUUUAAAAGGACAAACAAGUAGAAGACCUACCUUUUUAUGUGUGAAAAUCACAAUUUUCCCAUUCAUAAUGAAUAAUAUGUGUGUAUAAAUUGAUAGUGGUGGGAAAUACUCACGAAAAUGGUAACAUUUAGGAAUAGGCAGUCUAAAUUCUCAAAGUAAAGUACAUACUAAAGUACAUACUAAAGUACAUACAGUACUAAAGUACAUGAAGUACAUAAGUGCAUACCUUUAACACUUGGUUGAUAAAAGCCAGUUCUGAUCCUUUUGGGCGUUUAGGGGGUGUCAGUCCUCUUUUUGAUCACACCAGGUUCUCUAGAGGUCUCCUCAAGUGAUUACACCUAGUCACAAAUGUAACUUGUCAGAACUCAUAAGCUAACCGCACUGAGACCAUGUCAAUAAGGGUGUUUUCACACCUGGUCACUUUCAGCCAUUCAUGUGAACUCAGAUCUGUGAAUCAGCAUUUUCUGCACAUACUAUGUGUACACUCCAAAGUGUACCCAGACCCCUCAGAAGUGAACCACACUAAGACCUUUAUUGAUGUGGUUUGCCCACUAAUAAAGACAUGAUCAGUGUGUAAUUUUAAUUCUAGGUGUACUCUAACAUGUAGAGACAGAAUAUCAAAAAGAAAAUCCAGAAAAUAAAGAAUGUUCAAGAAUACAUUUUAACAGAUUUGCAUUUCAUUGAGGGAAUAAGUAUUUGACUCCUCUAGCCAAAGAAGACACGGUGGCAAGUCAUGUGGUGUCAACAAUAAUCGAUUGGGCAAUGCAUCGCAAUGCAAGGCAGGACAAUUCAACAAUCAAUUCAGCAAAUGCCAUAAUUGAAGCAGCAAGUUUCAAUUACUCUGUGGUCAUUUCUAGAGCAAACUAACGUUUAAAUUAAAUUAAAGCGCUUCAAAGCAUUGAAAUCUGAAGUCCCUGAUACACCAGCCAAUAAAAUGUUGUUCAGUAUCUGACCGCUUGUAUUGACUGAAGAAAAAUUGCCCAACUGGAAUAAAAAAAACCCACCAUCAACUCAAGAAUUCUGCCUGGAAAUUGGACUUUGUCUUGUCUGCGUACAUUACCUGCCCAUGGUGCCUGAAGUGUUUGUUUGAUUUGCCUUAUUUAAGUUUAAUUUGAUUUUGUUUGAAAAAAAACAACAACAACUAGGCCCCUCUCCAAAACUUUUUAUUUGUUUUCCUCUAGCCAUUUUUAGCAAAUUUGGCAAUGUCCACUCACUGUUCAUUUGGAAGACCCGUUUGCUUCUAAGUAAUAACCUAAUGGCAGAAGUUUUGAGAUAUUGCUUCAGUAUUUUUUCCAUAAACUUCUUUUUUCACGAUGUCAUCUUUGUGUGAUAUGCACCAGUUUCCCCCCACAGCAAAACCUGAUAACAUGAUGCUAUACACACAGGGAAAAAUAAAGUAUCCCACCUUACUUUACUUGCACCUUAAUGAACUGUCUCUGUGGUUCGAUUUAAGUAAAAUCUAACGUUUGUUCAUCAGUUUUUUCAUCAGUUUUUGAGGAACAAUUAGGACGCUUGCAAAAUGAGGGUGACCGUAUCAUAGGUUUGUUUUGCUGCAGGAGAAACUGUUGCAUAUCAUAAAAUAGAUGGUAUCAUGAAGAAAGAACAGUACAGUGAGUCCAAUAAGUAUUUGAUCCCUUGCUGAUUUUGU